UGCGGACUUUAUAUCACUGUAUAUCUCUACGCAUAUGCGCGCAAGCUCUCGCUCCUGCCUGCGUAUUAUAUACCUUGUGGGCGUUGUAGAAACUGCUGCUGCUUAUAUAGUAUAUAUAGGGGGUGUACGCGCCUUGUCAUUGCGAGCUUAUAUGAGCCAGGCGCAGCAGCAGCAGUAGUACAAGUUAGAAGAUAUCGAGAGAGAGAGAGAGAGAGAGACCCUUUUUGACAAACGCACGGCAGUUAGUUAUGCGUGCACCUUGGCAGGCUCUGCGCUGCACGCAGCAGCAGAAGCAGAAGCAGCAGACGAGUCGUCCUGCAUUGGAUCAUCGAGCUUUUUUAGCCUCGACUGGCACUUGAAGCGUCGUAAACGCACGCCGGCAGUGUAAUACUCGUACGCACCUCGGUCACAGAGAGUCAAGGUGCACCCACCUAUAGAAAUUAGUCGCCUGAUUCGCCAUGCAGUCGACGCAACCCGAGGCCAGUGGCGCGUAUCCGAGUCGGGCGGCCGUCGCCGCGGCCAUACGCGACAGUCUCGCCGACGAGGACGACAUGAGCGACUUCGACGACGAGGUCUUCAUACGCGACGGCAAGCAGGGCAUCCUCAAGAUCGGACCCUCGGCGGCCUCGUCCAGGGGCCGCGACUACGACGACGAGGACGGGGUGAAGAGGCCGCUCAUGGCGCCCCGGCGCAAGCACAACAAGACGCGUUUCGCCGACCCCGCAGCGGGGUCUGCUGCGUCGUCGCAGGGAAGUGGCGGCGCGGGCAUGUGUGAAAGUGGCGGAACGAGCUGUCACGCGUCGCCGCUGCCCUACAGGACGCUGCUGCUCUCCUACUGCUACGUGAUCGGUGGCUUCCUGGUGCUGCUCUGCAUCAUAGGGCUGUGCGCGCUCGUAGUGGCCAAGUUCCCGGUGCCGCUGUUGGACAUCGUGAGACGUUGGAUAGCUCACGAGCCUAAACAGCAGCAGGAACAAACCGCGACGUCGGGUCCGACGUCGAGCUUGAGCGAGAAGAAUCGUCUGCCCGCGUGCACGUCGCUGGCUACGAGCCUCGUCUGGACGAGGAGUCUGCCGAAGCUUACCGCCGAGGCGCCGUUGAGGAACAACGACGUUAAUCAGGACGGAAUCGACGAUAUAAUUCUAGGCUUCGGUACCGGUCUCGACAACGGCAAAGACGAAGCGGCUCGCUACGCCUGCCAGCUGUACUUCGACCAACCGGGCCCGUGUCUCGGCGGCGUCCUCGCGAUCGACGGCAAGACCGGCGCCACGAUCUGGCAGCACUGGGCCGAGCACGCCAUCUUCGGCCUCGAUUGCGGCCUCGAUCUCAACUACGACCGUAUCAAGGACUGUCUCGCGGCGGGCCGGGGCGGUCUGCUGCGCGCCAUCAACGGCCACGACGGCGCCAGCAUCUGGGAGCUGCAGGAGUCCGCCCGCGAUCCGGGCAACAACAACGUCAUUCGACGCUCCGCGUCGGCCUACUACGACCAGUACGACGCCCGAUACGUGGCGGAUCUGGACGACGACGGCAUCGGCGACGUCGUCGCGGCGCACACCUGGCGCGAGCUCCUAGUGCCCGUAGUAGCCGCGGGUGCGGAGGCGGCGGAACAGCAGCAGCAGCAGCCGGUGGAGGAGGUGGCGCGCAGCAGCGUGGUGCUGGUCUCGGGCAAGACCGGCCUGGUGAUCAACGUGCUGGAGGUGCCGGGCGCCGAGCAGCUGUUCGUCGCGCCCCAAACGAUCGUCCAUCCGGACGGCGAGACGUACUUCGUGCUGGCGGCAAGCGGCGUCGACAUGUCCGGCGGAUUGUACGUCGUUCCGCACUCCAAACUGUUGAUGGGACAAUUCAAAUUGCAAGACUACGAGCUGUACCAUGGACCCGGUCGAGGAGUGUCGCUGCCACCGCUGCUGAUUGACAUCAAUUCGGACCAGACCGAGGACAUAAUCGUAGCCGUGUUCAAUUCCACGAUCGUGGCAAUCGACGGACUCACCUUCAAGCAGCUCUGGAACUACACCGUGCCGAAUUCCGAGGUCAUCAGUCUACCCGUGCCGGGCUACUACAACGACGACGAGAUACCCGACUUCAUGGUCAAGCACCAGAUCGGUCCGGGCUUUCCCGUGUACUACUACACGGAGGCUCAGGUGCUCGACGGCAGAACCGGAAAACCACUGCUCGAGGCGCCGAUCGUCGACACGAUGAGCGCCCAGAUGUCGGGCCUGACACUCAGCGUCGAGGGCACGGGCAACGACUGGUUCCUGCACUGGUCGGCCGAUUGUCGGGGUCGCGAGGCCGCCAAGGAGCCCUGGGCCCUGCCCAAGACCGACGACGUCGGAACGGAGCCGGCCUGGAGGCUCGACGGCGUCGAUCUCUGCGGGCCGCGCUACAACUCGAGCCUGGCACGCUCGCUGCUGGCCUUCGGUCAGCACGUGGCGCCGCCCGGUCAGCCGAUCUACAAGUCCGACGACUGGACCAAGCUCGAGUACAACAACACGGUCGAUCCGAGGAAGGAGGCGGAGGAUUACGUACGCGCUCACGGCUAUCUGAAGACGCCGAGAGGCGGCGACGCGGAGGAGGGGACGCGCGAUCGGAAUCUGCCGGUAGAGUCGGUGGCGGGUUCCUACUAUCCCAAUGGAAACGAGAGAAGCGACGACAGCGUGGACGACGAGCGAGAGCAGCAGAAAUUCUACGAGAAAGCCCUUAACGGAUGGUCCGAGUACGGCUGGAGAAACAAUCGCAAGCAGCAGCAGCAGCAACAGCCGAGCGAGGACAAUUACGACGACACGUCGUACGACGACGAGGAGGAGAAGCUGAUCGCCUCGAGGCAGCUGAACGAGAUCAGGCUGCAGAGGAGCGAGAAGAGCGACAGGAGCGGCAGAUACGUGAACAACGACACGAACGACGUGCAGAACCAGCUGGACCCGAGCAUGGACUACACGAACGGCCAGAGCAAGCUCAACAAUUACUACUCGACGCUGAAUUUUAACCGAUCGAGCAACGCCGACGACAGUCUGGACUACAUGAAUCUGCCGGACAUCGAUUUCGUGGACAACAUCAAGGAGGCCGAGGCGCUGAGCGCGAGGAAGAAGAAGCGGAGAAGACGCAACGCCGCGGCCGUGAGAAAACGUAGAGCCGCCGCGGCGGAGAGUGCCAGCGUGUACGGUGUGCAGCGACAGCCACCCACGGGCAUCAUCCUGCCCAGUCUCAACCCCAUAACCGGUCGCAAUCCCGUCGACUUGGUUUACUCGACCUACUGGCUGCCGAGCGCGAGCUCGAGUCCGGCCUUCGUGCUGCUACGGCGCGAUCUCGACUGCAUCGAGAAGAGGAGGCGCGAGAGCAAGCUGAGCGACGAGGAGGAGCGGCGUAUCGUCGCCGAGUGUCUCAGGAGUCGCGGGGUCGAGGCUCCACGUCGGGACCUGUCGUCGUCGACGUCGUCGACGUCGAAGAUUCCUCUGGGCCAGAUGACGCUGUACAGGCUGCAGCUGAGCUGCGUCUGCCCGGAGGACAUGCUGCCCGGACAGACGUGCCGGGAUAUCAGUCAGAGGCAGAGCUGGCCCCAGUACCUGGGACGGGCAGGGGCGGGAUACUUCGACUCGAGAAAGCCGAACAAGUAGACCGAUGAGGCAAGAUUUUUACGGAACUUUUUCAGUCUUCGUGGAAUAUAAAAAAUAUAUACUUAUGUAGCACUGAUACUUAAGGAUAGAAAAUUGAAUAGAUGUCGAUCCAAAGAUGUGAGAAAUCGUUUUGUACAUAAUUACUUAUGAAUCCUGCUGUAACUUUUACUUGAUAGAAAUGACUUAUAAUAUUACAUGAUGAUCGAAUGACUGCAUUUUGUCGAUUAUCGAGUGAAUGUUCUUAUAUUAUAUAAAUUUAAGCUUUUGUGUUGACUGUACAGAUUACGUUAUAUUGAUGCAUGUGAACGAAAGAAAAUAAAAAGGUAAUAUCGUUGCCUAUUAUAAUUGCUCCUAAGUAUUUUAGAAAAUACUAAUAUUAUAAAACAUCGUUGUUCAAUGUUAUGUAAAAUAAUAUAAACAAUUUUUAUGUUCUCUCUCAAUAUCGUCGAACAGUACUGAAUCCUCUACGUGCGCCAGUGGCAACGAACAAAUAAUAAUAAUAAUAAUAAACAAUUCGUACAAAACAACAAUAAAAUCAUCAUAAACAACGGUAAA